AUGGAUGUUCAUAGCGCUUUCCUUCACGGUGAUUUGGAGGAAGAGGUUUAUAUGAAACUACCUCCUGGUUUCCAUUCUGAUGAUCCUACGAAGGUCUGUCGUCUUCGCAAAUCUCUCUACGGUCUUCUCCAGGCUCCGCGCUGUUGGUUUGAGAAACUUGCUACGGCUUUGCGCAUGUUUGGGUUCAAGCAAAGCUAUCCUGAUUAUUCUCUCUUCUCUUUCGUUCAAAAUGGCAUUGUUCUGCAUGUUCUUGUUUACGUAGACGAUUACAUUGUGGCUGGUAAUAACCUCGCUGAGAUUGAACGGUUCAAAGCAUACAUGAGUAAAUGCUUUCAUAUGAAAGAUCUUGGUAAGCUUAAGUAUUUAUUGGGUAUCGAAGUCUCGCGUGGACCUGACGGUACUUUCCUCUCCCAACGUAAGUAUGCUCACGAUAUUAUUACUGAAGCUAGUCUUCGUGGGGCUAAGACAUUUGCUACUCCAGUUGAACCUAAUCACAAGCUCGCUUCUGCUAAAGGUCUUGUUCUUAAGCGACCAGAGGAGUAUCGUCGUCUGGUUGGUCGUCUUAUAUACCUCAGUAUCACUCGUCCGAAACUCAAUUAUAUUGUUCACAUUCUAUCGCAGUUCAUGCAGACACCUCUUCUUCCUCAUUGGGAAGCUGCCAUUCGCGUGGUUCGUUAUCUUAAGGGUUGUCCUGCGCAGGGCAUUUUGCUUCGUUCGGAUAGUGCUGACUCUUUAAUCGCCUAUUGUGACUCUGACUGGAAUGCAUGUCCUCUUACUCGUCGAUCCCUUAGUGCUUAUGUGGUUUUUCUCGGUUCAUCUCCGAUCUCUUGGAAGACCAAGAAACAACACACCGUCUCUAACUAUUAG